CUAAAAUUCAAACUUUAACCAUGGAGGUCACAGUUUCGAUCACAAGCAAAAAGAUGUAGUGAAGGAAGAACCAGUGAAGCUGGUUUCUCCAAAGAAUCCAAUCCCUUUUGAAACAGUUUUCCUAUCAAACAUUGAUCUUGCAGUGACUUUUCCUGUUGAAACUCUCUUCUUCUCUGAGGUUCCUCCAAGCAAGUGCUCCUCAACUGAAGAUAUAUCAGAGAGAGUGAAGAGAGCAGUGGCUGAAGUGCUUCUUGUUCUUUACUAUUUCUUGGCUGGGAGACUUUACUUCAACCAUGAAAGUAAAAGGUUGGAGCUUCUGUGCAACAAUGCUGGAGUGUUGUUUGUGAGGGCAACAUCAGGGCUUAUGUUGAAGGAUCUUGGAAAUCAUUCUCUCCCCAAUCCAAUCUUUCGCUAUUUCGUUCAUUGGCCGGUCUAUACAAAAGCCUUGCUAAUACUGCACUUCUCACAGUUCAGGCAACCCUUGCUUAUUUUUUCUCACUUCGGCCACCCAGAAGAGAAAUUAAUUUCUGAAUUUUUUUUUUUUUUGCUUGAUGAUUUGGCAGGUAACGAGGUUCAGAUGUGGGGGUUUCUCAAUUGGGAUUGUGACAAACCAUGGGGUUCUUGAUGGAAGAUCAGCUGUCGAGAUGCUUCAGAAUCUGGCUUCUAUUUGUAGAGGAGAAGGCCUGAAACCCCAGUUUGUCUGCAAUGACAGGAGAUGCAUGAGAGCAAGGAACCCACCUCAGAUCAAGUACCCACAUCAGGAAUAUGUAAAGCUAGCAGAGACUUCUUGUAUUGCCUCCUCCUUCACCUUUCUGAACCAGUCAUCCAUCGGUUUUCUUAAACAAGUACAUCCACAAACUCUUUCCUUUCGAUCAAGAAAUGCUGGCCACACUCAAGGAGAAAACCAUGAACAAGUACUCAACCUUUGAAGCCAUUGUUGCCCACCUUUGGAAAGCAAGAACGAGGGCAGUUUUCGAAAACCCAGAUGAUUUUUCGACAGUUCUCUUUGCAGUGGACAUUAGGUCUAAACUAUCACCACCUUUGCCACAUGGGUUCUCAGGAAACGCAGUGAUCACAGCUUUUGCCACUGCAAAAGUGUCUCAUUUGGUUCAGAAGCCAUUCUCAUUCUGUGUUGAAAUGGUGAAGGAAGCUGUAGAUAGAGUAACAGAUGAUUACGUGAAGUCAGCCAUAGAUUGGCUGGAGGUUUCUAAAGGAAUUCCUGCAACUUGCAAUGGGAAUUUCUAUAUUUCCGCUUGGAGGAAACUGCCUUUUGGUGAGCUUGAUUUUGGGUUUGGAAAGCCUAUUCAUGGGGGGCCGUAGCCAGUGCGAAUGAUGAGUUUGUGUUGCUGCUUUCGGAUGGAAAUAGCAAUGGCAAUGGCAAUGGCAGAGGAAUCAAUGUGUGGAUAGCUCGUGAA